AUGACUUCCAACAGAAGCAACCUCCUAACAUUAUUCCUCUUCCACCUUCUUCUUGUCCCCACACUAGUCCAAGCUCUCAACACAGACGGUGUUCUUCUGCUCUCUUUCAAAUACGCCAUCCUAAGUGACCCUCUCUCCGUUCUACGCAACUGGAACUAUGAUGACGAAACACCAUGCUUGUGGACAGGUGUCACCUGCACAGAGCUUGGAAAUCCCAACACACCAGACAUGCUCAGAGUCGCAAGCUUGGUACUUCCCAACAAGCACCUCCUUGGUUCCGUCACUCCGGGCUUAUUCUCGAUUCCCUACCUAAGGAUCUUGGAUCUGUCCAGCAACUUCUUCAACGGGACACUCCCGGACUCGGUCUUCAACGCCACUGAGCUCCGUAUCAUCUCCCUUGGAAGCAACAAUCUCUCUGGUGAUUUGCCUCAGAGUAUCAACAGUGUCAUCAACCUCCAGCUCUUGAAUCUCUCUGCUAACGCAUUCACUGGCGAAAUUCCACUCAGCCUCUCACUUCUGAAGAACCUAACGGUCAUUUCCUUGACAAAGAACUCCUUCUCAGGCGAUAUUCCAAGCGGCUUCGAAGCAGCACAGGCUCUUGAUCUUUCUUCAAAUCUUCUGAACGGCUCUAUUCCUCGAGUUUUGGGAGGGAUAAGCUUGCACUACUUGAACUUAUCACACAACAAAGUCUCCAGCGUGAUUUCUCCAGGAUUUGCAGAGAAAUUUCCAGCAAACGCCACAGUCGAUCUCUCCUUCAACAACCUAACAGGCCCAAUCCCUACUUCCCUCUCUUUACUCAACCAAAAGGCUGAGUCUUUCUCUGGUAAUCCAGACUUGUGUGGGAAGCCACUGAAGACGCUUUGUUCAAUCCCUUCUACUCGUUCAAACCCUCCAUAUAUCCCUGAAAAUACUUCACCGGCGAUAGCAGUAAAACCCAGAACCUUGGCUCCAACAAACUCUUCAACGGAAUCACCAAACGCAAAAAGCAAGCUAAAGCCAAGCACUAUUGCCGUAAUCACAGUCGCAGACAUAGUUGGUCUAGCUAUUAUAGGUCUAUUCGUGCUCUACGUAUACCAAGUCAGGAAACGCAGACGAUAUCCAGAAUCCAGCAAAUUCAGCUUCUUCAACAACUGUCUGGAGAAAAACGAAGCUAAAAAAUCGAAUCACCAACCGAAACAACCCGUCGCGGAGUUCGAAGUCACAGAAUCACCAGAUGCAAAAUCGGCAUGCGGUUCGUGCAUCAUCUUGAACGGAGGAAGGUACGACGAGACGUCGACGUCGGAGAGCGACGUAGAGAACCAGCAAACCGUUCAGUCAUUCAAUCGAACAGAUGGCGGGCGACUGAAACACAACGCCCAGACUCAGCUUAUCACAGUCGACGGCGAGACUCGGCUGGAUCUAGACACUCUGCUAAAGGCGUCUGCUUACAUAUUGGGGACCACCGGAACCGGAAUUGUGUACAAGGCGGUGCUGGAGAACGGCACGGCGUUCGCUGUGCGGAGGAUCGAGACGGAGAACUGUGCGGCGGCGAAAGUCAAGGAAUUUGAGCGGGAGGUUCGUGCCAUCGCUAAGCUUCGACACCCGAAUCUCGUCAGAAUUCGUGGGUUCUGCUGGGGAAACGACGAGAAGCUCCUAAUCUCCGACUACGUUCCCAAUGGCAGCCUCCUUUGCUCCUUCGCCGCCACUAAGGCAAGCUCAAGCUCGACUGCUUCAUCGUCGUCGCAAAAUCCACUUGGUUUCGAGACACGGCUCAAGAUAGCAAGAGGAAUGGCUCGAGGACUAUCUUACAUCAACGAGAAGAAACACGUGCACGGUAACAUCAAGCCCAAUAAUAUUCUACUGAACGCGGAGAACGAGCCCAUUAUCACCGAUUUGGGCCUAGACCGUCUCAUGACAUCGGUGCGUGAACCUCUCACCACCACUGGACCAACGUCGAGCUCACCGUACCAGCCACCGGAAUGGUCCACGAGCCAGAAACCGAACCCUAAAUGGGACGUUUAUUCCUUUGGCGUCAUACUCUUAGAACUUCUCACAGGCAAAGUUUUCACCGUCGAUCAAGAUAUAGAUCAGUGGUCGGAAUUACCCGGUUCUGAAGCAGAAGAGAAAGGCCGGUUCUUAAGGUUGAUCGACGCUGCAAUUAGAAGCGACGUGGCUCGGCAUGAGGAUGCUGCAGUGGCGUGGUUUCGGUUAGGGAUCGAAUGUGUCUCUUCCUUGCCUCAGAAGCGACCGUCCAUGAAAGAAGUGGUGCAAGUGUUAGAGAAAAUGUGUGCUUAG